CUCAAAAUGCUGAAGUGCUGUGUGGAAGUGGCCGGGGCUGCGGGAGUUGGAGUCGGUCCUCGGGCCUGAGCCUCGAGGCCGCGCUCCCGGGUGUCGUUGAUGUUCGGGGCCGCCGGGCGCCCAGCGAUCGGAGCCGCCGCCGCCGCCGGGAAGAGCUGGCAUUUCAGCCGAACAAUGGAAGAACUUGUUCACGAUCUUGUCUCUGCACUGGAAGAGAGCUCUGAGCAAGCCCGAGGUGGGUUUGCUGAAACAGGAGAUCAUUCUCGAAAUCUAUCUUGCCCUCUGAAACGCCAGGCCAGGAAAAGGAGAGGGAGGAAGCGUAGGUCCUAUAAUGUUCACCACCCUUGGGAGACAGGUCACUGCUUAAGUGAAGGCUCUGAUUCUAGUUUAGAAGAACCAAGUAAGGACUAUAGAGAGAACCACAACAGUAAGAAAGAUCAUAGUGACUCUGAUGACCAAAUGUUAGUGGCAAAGCGCAGGCCAUCUUCCAACUUAAAUAACGGUGUUCGAGGUAAAAGACUUCUGUGGCAUGAGUCUGAUUUUGCUGUGGACAACCUUGGGAAUAGAACUCUCCGCCGUAGGAGGAAAGUGAAGCGCAUGGCAGUGGAUCUCCCGCAGGACAUCUCCAGCAAAAGGACAAUGACCCAGCUGCCUGAAGGCUGUAGAGAUCAGGACAUGGACAACGAUAGAGCUUACCAAUAUCCAGAGUUUACCCGGAAUAAAGUUAAAAAAAGGAAGUUGAAAGUGAUUAGACAAGGACCAAAAACCCAAGAGGAAGGAGGAGGUUUGGAAAGUGAAGAAAUAAGCCAGGCCAAUAAAGACAAAAUGGAGUACGAAGAACAAAAAGUCUCAGAUGAGCUCAUGAGUGAAAGUGACUCCAGCAGCCUCAGCAGCACUGACGCCGGGUUGUUCACCAAUGACGAGGGAAGACAAGGUGAUGAUGAACAGAGUGACUGGUUCUAUGAGAAGGAGUCUGGUGGAGCCUGUGCUAUUGCUGGAGUUGUGCCCUGGUGGGAGAAGGAAGACCCUGCAGAACUAGACAGAAACGUGUCCGACCCCGUGUUUGAAAGUAUCCUAAGUGGUUCUUUUCCCCUCAUGUCACAUCCUGGCAGACGAGGUUUCCAAGCUAGACUCAGUUGCCUCCAUGGAAUGCCUUCAAAGAAUAUUAAAAAAUCUGGAGGGGCUCCACCUUCAAUGACGUCUGCUCCUGGCCCCGUCAGUAACAAGAGGAUGGUUCACUUUUCUCCAGAUGCCCAUCACCAUGACCACUGGUUUAGCCCUGGGGCUAGGACGGAGCAUGGCCAGGCAAACAAGCAUGCAUUUAGGAUCCUUGUGCACAGGAGACAUCAAAAGGAGAAGAAAAGCUGCCCCUUUGCCUGGACCCACUACAGCAGGAACUGUCUUCCCUGGAGUACUGUGGUGAGAAGUGGGCUGACUAGGACAAGACAGAAAGAGAAAUGAUCUACAUUGGUACUGUAAAAUGAAGUUGUUAGCAAGGAAUACUUUGAAUUUUUUUGUAGGAAACUAUUAUUAGUUCAUAAAGAACUGAAAUAAUAAAGCACAGUGUUGAGAACAUUAUUUCUAAUGCCAUUGUCUGUAUAUUUUCUUCUUAACCUCCUGUUAUCUCUUCCAAUGUCUUUCUGUUUGUGGUUUUGUGGUGGUCAGUAUUGAACCGAAGGCCUUCUGCACACCAGACAAGUGCUCUGCCACUAGGCUACAUCUCCAGCCCUUCUCUCCUAACUUCAAAGUCGUGAAAAUACCACUGAAAUCUUCUGGAGGUAUUAUGUUCAGUGACAGAGUGCUUACAGAGCCUGCAUGGAGCUCUGGGUUGGACCCACUGGAGUGACAUAGAAUUAACGUUUAAUAGCACAGUUCAUUUCUUUUAAGCUCUGGGAAUUUUCAGUGUCUCAAAAAAUUGUUAAAGAAAACUUUGGCAGUGUAUCUGACUCACAAAUGUAUUCAGAACUGAGUGACCUGCUCUUCCACACGUCCAUGGUUUUGUUUCCUCUGGAACUGGAAUGAACUGACCUUCAGUUCUCUCUCCAGCUGGGAUUUUGUGGCCAGGGCAGCAUGGCUCACUUUCUCUCAUAUUUUGUAAUAUCCAUCAAACUGAAAAGGCACUUCACUUUUUUGUGGUAACAGGAUCUUUUCUUCCACAAAAGUGAAUAGAGUUGUUAUAGUAUGUGGUUUUUGUUUUAGUUCAACAGGUACUAAAAACUCACUAUGUAACAGGCUUACAGUAAUGAAAAGCCAGCCAACAAGUGGACCAGGAAGGCUCCUUCUGCUGAGUCCAUCCAGAAUAAGGACUCAUUACACACUUGACACCUUAAGGAGCCUUGGAUUUGUGUCUGGCGAGUCCCUGCCAUACCUGCCAGGAUUAUGAUCUACUAUUGCCACCCCGAGUCUUAUCUGUACAUCAGCUUUGUCACCUGGCUUUGAAUCAUCACAUAGUUUAAAUCAUCCCGGAUUCUCAGCUCUCAGUGCUGCAUCGCCAGAAUCCCAGCUGUUUACUCCUUCAGUUUUGAGGACAUUUAGGCAACAACAGAAGGGGGUCUUUGUGUUUCUGUAGUCGAUAGCUCCCCCACCUUGGUGUGACUUUUCCCAAUAAAUCAUGCACUUUAGCAAUGCACAUAGUACUUGACUUUUCAGCCUGAAGAUUAUUAAAACAUGACCCCAAAUAGAAACAGCCCAGUUAUCUUCAGUCUGGUUGCACAUUUUGCUAUUCAAGUUCUAAUGGCUGGGUAUGGCACAUGGCUGUAGUCCUGGCCCUUGGGAAGUCAAGGUAGGCAGGAGAAUCAGGAGUUCAAGACCAGCCUCAGCUACAGAGCAAGUUUGAAGCCAGCCUGGGCUACAGAAAAUUCUGUCUCAAUUAAAAAAAAAAAAAAAAGUAAUCUAAGAAAUGUUAAUUUCUUCUAGCACCAUUGUUUAGUAAAUAUAGAAUGAAAAAUAAAACUGACUGAAGAUAUACUUUUCAGAAUUAAACAGUUCUGAAAUCUCUCUAAUCAAAUGAACUUGUUCAUAUAGCAGAAGUGCACAGUGGGCUGGACAAAGGAACCUGGAAAGAAGGGGAAAGAGGACAGAGCAUGUUCUGCUAAGUAGCCAACUGGGAUUCUGACGUUCUACAUUGGUGGUGGAUGUAGUUCUUUACAGAACCAGUGUAGGUGAUCUGUGCUCGGCGGAAGAGGUAUGCUGUUCCCAAAAGAGCUUUUGGGCAUGUGUGAAGCACUUAGGAGCACAUAUUAAACAUGGGAAGUCUAAAAUGCAAAACCACAACAUUCCUAACAAUACACUUCUAUAGUGUGCAUGUAGCUUUUAGUCACAUUGGUUUGUAGUCCAUGAGCCUUGAUUCUUGACUCACAUCUUCGUAUACCUGUGCUUCCAUCCCGUUAUAUCUAAUGCCUUUCCUACUUUGAAAACACAUUCUGGCCUAUUCUCAUGACAUAAUAUCACAGGACAAUUCCCAGACUGAGAGACAAAUUGCCAAGCACACUGCAAGCCCUGUGCUUUCUGACUCUCAGGCCAUUGUGUUUCUCCAUGAGACCCCUUAACAACUCAGCUAGAAACAAGCGGCAGAUUUUCCCUCCCCGACUCAGUGAGUAAUUGUCUGCGCCGCAGUGACAGAUGUGCAAUAUAGCAGCUUCUUCAGGAAAAAAUUAACAGUUUGUCCAGCAUGUCAGCUCGCUCUUUUUAGUGCUUGGGAGGUCUUGGCCCCAUUACGGAUGAUUUAGAAAUUGAGGCAAGCGAAGACCAGUGGCCUGUUCUGAAAGCCUUCGUUAGUUGGCCUCAUCUGCAUUCCAGGACUUGCUCACAUCCAGAAAUUGGUGGAGCCCCUCUGGCCACAAGAUGAGUAUGGGCUGACAAUGCCUUGAUUUGUUGAGAGAGAAUAAAUGGAUUUUCCAGAAGAUGAGGAAAUAUCACCAUUACUGGCCAAUUUACAGCAUUUUAUCUGUUCUUCAAACAUGUCACUUUUGUUAUUGUUGCAUGGUAAUUACAUAGUGAAACGGAAAGAAAACAAAUUCUGGUUACGUAUUCAGAUGGGUUGCAAAAUCAUAUAAUCCUGAUAAAUGCCCAUUUAUGAUACACAUGGAUGAAAGGUUCAUUUUAAUUUUGAAUGGCUAGCUCAGCCAUGAAGAGGAUAUAGGAUUAAAUUCCAGAGAAUCUGACUACAUCAAACAAAUAGUCUUUCUCUCCAUUUGUUCCUCCAUUCAGGGAGGUGCCAUAAGGCAUUUUCACAGACAGGACGGUCUUGACAACACAGGCGUGCACUGAGAAUUACAUUAUCAGAAGAAUAAGAAUUCUUGGAGCACCAUCUUGCUCCAGGAACCAGUCCCUUCUAAGGGAUUCUUGGGAAGGCAGAAGACUUUGAGUGAAGAGCCAUCUUGAAAAGUAACCCGUUGUUUUUUAUCAGCUCCGCAGUCGCAUCGUCUACUUAGAGACUAUAGAAAGUGCAUGCUGUUCCUUAUAUUCCUCCUAAGGUGGCUUCUAGCUCUCCCCAGGCCAGUUAGUGUAAAGGACUGUGAGGUUAAGUGUGCCGAUAAGAAGGAAGCAGAUGGGAACAAAGGGAGCAGCAUCCCAGGGCCACUUCUACAGCAUCAGCUCUUAGGAUGGAUCCAUCCAAGGAGCCUUCAUACUCACUUGAGUUGAGCUCAUAUAGCUGUCUCCUGGCUCCCAGCAAGGGCAUGGCAAAGAAAGGAAGGAGAUUUGCCAGCACUUAACUUCCUUAGCUGAGGAGGGGCACAGAUCACUUUCUGGUCCUCCUCCUUUGACCACUUAGACACACUGUAUCAUGGAAUCUCCCCACAGCAGGAGAGCACAUGGGUAUUUAAUGUACAGGAACUGUUUCUACCAUGUGUCCCUAGUUAUGUGUCCAGACUUAAAUAUCAAAGUAGUACAGUCAGCAUUUCAUUGACUCUCAGACACCAUCAGUGUUGAGAUGUACCUUAUUUUUAUGGAGAGGCAGGUAGAGAAAGGAUCAGGAAGGUUUCUCUCCUCUACCCAUGGCAACAUGCUUCCCAGCUGUAAGGUGAUGAAAAUGUUUCUAUGUUUUGAACAAUGAAAUAUUUUUAGAAAUGAGGACUGUCAGAAAGUGCAUGGUGAGAUGGGACUAGAGCUGCUCCUUAAAGAAUGACAGACAGCUUUACUUGGGGCUGCUACUGUGUGUGCUGGCUGAUGCAUAGAUGCUGCAGUACAAAUACUCCCCACUGGCCCCAGUGUCCAUCCCUGACACUGUGAAUGGGGUCUGGUCUUGGUGUUUUCAAACACUUUGCUGAAUUCAGGGAUAAUAGUAACUACCUUGGAAGUUGUAAGGACUGAGUGAAGCUACACGUCUGGCACAUAAUAGGUCCUUUUUGUGCUGCUAAAGAGGUGGUGAGUUCUUCCUGUUUGUAUACUCCUGUCUAGAGAGUUGAAGGAGAGGUUAGACAGAGGGGUUAACUCACUCACAUGAAGUAAGUUUUCUGAUUCCGUAGCAACGGAAGUACAUGCCUUUAGUAAUCAGCUUCUAUGACUCCAGAUGAGGUUAGGUUUUUAAAAAUAUAUUCAGAGCUGGAGAGGUAGAUCAGUGUUUAAGAGAGUUUAGUGUUCUUGCAGGGGACCCAGAUUUGGUUCUCAGCACCCCCGUUAGACAGCUCACAAAGGCCUGUAUCUCAAGCUCCAGGACAUCUGGCAUCCUUUUGUGGCCUUUGAUGGCACCCAGAUACAGGUGCAUAUACACAGACAUGUGCGUACACAUCAAGAAAAACAAAUCUCUAAAAAAAGAAAUGCAUUAAAUUGGAAAUAUGUAAACAGUAAAAAUAGAGAAUUCAAUCACUAACGGCCAAUGAAAAACUUGUUACUGGCUGUCUAUAUCUACUGUGGAAACAUCAGCAUGCCUUCCUUGGCCUCUGACUCACUGUGGCUCUCUUGACCUCUGCUGUUACUCUCAUAGGCCCAGGAGUGUGAAAUACAGAGCCUGCACCAGACCUGGUAGGGAAGACAGCGGAUUCAGGACUCAGAAAACCACUGUUUCUAUAAUUUUCUCAGCCUGAAAUUCUGUCUUUUCACAGUGUUUUUGAGAGUGUAUUCUAGAACAGUGCCUAUCAGACUGCAGCAUGUAAGAAUCACCAGGAGAACACUUUUUUAAAAUUGAUAUUUUCAAACUCUGUUCUCAAAGAGGUGCCUGAGAAUAAGGAGGCAAUUGAGGCUUUCCUGAAAGAACUGGGUGUGGUGUCAUCAAACUUCUGCCCAUAGCCAGGCACGGGCUUUGCUAGUGGAACCUGCUGGACCACUACCCCAUGCCUUUCCUGAGAACUCUCAGCUUUACCACCCUUCAACCCUCUGCUGAAGAACUAAGGCCAAGAGAGUUCAUCUGGUCUUGUUAUGACUGGUGUCUUGAAUGGAAGAGCCAUUGUCAAGAAGAGAAGGAAGAGUAUAAAUGGACCAAAGGAAUGAGUGAGGAGAGAGAACAGAGGAAGGUGAGUUCCUUGUGGCCUCAGAGACCUUUUCUGUGGAAAGCGUGGCCUCUCUUCCUUGGGACCAACUCUACGAAUUGGACAGGAUAUCGACCUAGGCUUCUUGUUAAACACAUGAACCAAGGGGUGAGUCCUUCGCAUCAUGCCGAAAUCUGCCGUGUUGUGAAGGGACACGGGAUCCCUUUAGAUGGCUCUCUCAACUGCUUAUUUACAGAUCAUUAAAUACUUAAGGGGGUGGGAAGAAGCUGAAGUAGCCAGACCAGUAUUUAUUAAAUAUCCAUCAUAGAUUCGGAUAAAACAAAUUUGAAGUCUUAAUAACAGUCAAUUGUCCCGUUUUAGUUUUUAUGUGAGCACACAAGAAAGUAAAAUAGCCUGUCUGGUUAAUAUGGGACUCCGGAGCAUUCUACCAUGGUUAUAAUUCUUUCCUGAGGACUUAGUCUUGAUCCCAUAAGGCUCCCCUUUAUCUUAUAAUAAAUGUCCCUUUUUGCACAGGCUAAAUUAAGAGGCUUCCUGUUACAUUCAUAUAAUACUAAUUCUCUGCUGGAUGUUGGAUAAUAUUUAAAUGCAUUAUAAAACACUGAAAAGUACCACUAUACUUGACCUAUUGGAUUCCCUCUGAUUGUGCAGUCAGCUAAGAAUGUACAGUUUUAAAGGUGCGGUUAUACCUUCUAAUGCUUUAAUAAAGUUCUAUCUUGUGGCAAAAGAGCAUGUUAAAGGACUCAGCCUCAUAUUUCCUUUUUAUUUUUAUUUUUUUAAAUUGAGCCUGACUCUAUCCAGCAUUAACCCUGCCAUUCCUAUCUAGAGAAGGCCCAUUAUUUCAAAGGAGGACUCUAAAGUUGGAAAAUAAUCAGAGUGCCGCUGUACUUUUUAAAUAGGUUAAUGGACAUAUGAUAUGUGGCAUUUUUCACUGAACCGUUUUACAGUUUUUACAGAAUAAAAUGGAGCAUAGCAAAGCUGUAAAAGGCCAUUUGAACUCAUGUCCUUAGUCUUCCUGUCCCAUCUGGGACUUCUGGUUUAUCACAGCCAAGCAAGGAAACCUACUGUUGUUUGCUGGCGGAGGAGAGUGCUGGCUACUGUUGGAGUCCUUCAUUGGCAACUGUCCCAAUUCAUAUAACCGCCUCUCCACCUGCUUCCAACCUGUCACUAGGAGGCCCAGGGCUCCUUCCAUCAGGAAGAAGCAACCAGACAGCAGAGGCCAGACAGCAAAGAAUAAGUCAGCAAGUUACAGAGGAGCAGUGGCCAGAGGUUGGAUGACCUGAGUUCAAAUCUGGUCUGUCCCACACCAGUUCAGGAAACGCGCAUGACUUUUGGUUUGGGUGUCAAGAUUUACAAAUGAAGCUAGACAAGAGGAAGAAUUGACACUGGUUGUUGCCUCUAGGCAGGGAUUGCUGCAUCUUUUUCCAGUGAACUUCACAGGCAACUGUUAACACCUCACUUUAGUCCCUGUUUACAAAGACUAAAUGGCACUUCCUUAGUGCAGUAGAAUUAGAAAAAGUCUCAUUCCUAAAUGAUCAGAAAGUCUAAAUUAUGUAAUACUUAAGGAUAUAUAAUGCUAUAUUCUUUACAGGUGACUUAUUAGCAAUUCAAAUUAAUACUGCAGAAAAGCUAGUUGUGUAAACUAAUAUUUUAAUCUGCUUAUAUUAUAGUGUAUAGUAUCAAAGGUUUUUAAAUGUUUUAUUUCUUUUGAUACUAUUUUACCCUGUAACUUAUGUCUAAUGGUAUCUUCAAAAUACAAUAUAGUGUACCAGCAUUCUAGCCCAGCUCAUUUGCAGCUAAGAUAAAUUCAGACUUGAUAGGGUCCACACAGGGAACAUCCAACAGUAGCCCCUAACAUACACACCUCAGGACAUGCUGGUCUCAUGCUCACAAAAACAGAAUACUAACUGGGCAGCAUGGUCUUGGCCAGCAACCCAAGCUGACUUCCCAGAACGGUGAAGAAAGGGUGGCUCUUCUUUCAAAGACCUGGGGUCUGGGACCACAGCCUUCAUGCUGUAUACAGUCUGAAGAACUGGAAUGAGUUGAGAGAAAAUUAAGACAGGCGAUGAAAGGCUAUGGAUACUGACUAAGAAAAACAACAGCAAAGAAUAAUGCCGUUUUCUGAGUAGUGGCUACAGGCGAGGCCCAACAACCCCAAGAAAACUAGAAGGAAAUGAACACUAGGAAGGGAUGGAGUUCUUUCAAAGUACCCUUUGUCUAGAACAAGAAAACUAUUUUGUUUAAACACAAAUACCAAUACAGCAGAGGAGGCUUUGUGAUGAGGAAUCAGAAUGUCAUCUGUUUGACAGAUAACAUUAAAACAACCAAAGGAAGGCCUAACAGGAAAUCAGCCUAAAUUAGCCGAAGCCUGUAGUGGUCAGGUGUAACAGCUCAGCCAGGCUCUGAGCAGAAAUAGCCUAACCUACCUAGAGUUCACUAUCUUUCUGCAUGUCCAAAUCAGCGAUGCAAUAGAUAAGGCCAGGAAAUGCUUAUUGGUAUCGUUAAUACAAGGCUUGACUGUGACCUUUCUUGGAUCUAUGGUGGGAGUGAGUUUGUUGAGACAAAGUUUCAACUAUGCAGUGCAGGCUGCCCUGGAAUGAGAUGAUCCUGCUUCAGACCUCAGCCUUCUGAGUGCUGGAGUCACAAGUGUACGCUGCUAUACCUGGCUUUAGAUCCAUUCUUUAAUAUGACUUUUGCAUCUGUGAAAAUAAAGCAUCUCGCAGGUCGUUAGGCUAGGUAAACGGCUCAUUGCAGAGCAAAAUGAGAUCAAUGACAGUCGUAUUCUGUCAGUGCAGAAUGUGCCCUCUCCCUGUCCUCUAAUUAAAUGCCACUUGCUAGGUAUUUAUGGAGCAUACGCCAUAUGGCUACUGUGAGUACUGUAUGAGUUUCAUACAGUACUCACUGCCCAUAAGAGACUUAGGAUCUUUUUUAGAAACAUAAAUUCAGCAGUGAUAUUCAAAACAGUCCAUAAGUAGACUGGCCCCAGCAUUGGCCAAUGGGCACAGAAACCAAUCUUAUCUAAACAGAUGUACCUCAAGGAUUCAUGCCAUGAACACAAGCUCUGCUCACAUUGGACUUGAGAGAGAGAGAGAGAGAGAGAGAGAGAGAGAGAGAGAGAGAGAGAGAGA